UAGCCAAGUAUGGUGCACUAUGAAGAAUUGGGUCCGUUGCUGCAGGACCAACCCACCACUAGUAGAGUACUUGAUGGGAGAUUUGCCAGAGGCGCGUAUUAUCGAGUCGUGUCCCUUCACCAACGUCGGGAUCGACUAUUCUGGCCCAUUUUACAUCAAGGAGAGAAGGGAUCGCAAUCGUCGAAAGGUCAAGAUCUACGUAACCAUAUUCGUAUGUCUGACAACCAAAGCGGCGUAUAUCGAGCUAGUCUCCGAUCUCACAACCGACGCCUUCAUUGCCACUCUACGCCGAUUCAUCUCUCAGCGAGGAUAUUGCGCGACAAUUCACUCAGAGAAUGGCACCAACUUUGUCGGAGCCAACAAUGAACUCAAGAAACUUCGGAUUCUCUUGCAAUCCGAUGACCACAAAGAAUGGGUGCAGGUUUUUCUAGCCAACAACACUCAGUUUCAGAAGAAGAGUGCAGCGGGCUGUGGCAGCUAGUAGGGACAACGCUGGCCAGUUGGUAACUGAAUUCAAGGAAGCAAGGAGAAGGCUAAGAAGAGCGAUCGAACGCAACAAGGAGGAAAAGUGGUAGGAGUUUUGUGCAACUAUGGAUCAAUAUCCUUGGAGUAGAUCAUAUCGAGCUGUAAGAGUUAAAAUGGCUCGAAAUACACCGCCGGAUGGUCUCCGUAAGGACAGAAUGGCGAGAAUUCUGGAGGAUACUUUCAUCGCCAGACGAGUGGAGCAAGGAGACGAAGUACAUUGGUCUCAGAUCCCGCAGACG